UUUGCGAUCAUUUAUUUAUGAGAAAAAGAGCACAAAUGACAUGAUUUUGUUACAACAUGCAUUUAAUGGUUAUUGCUCUUGUUUCUCAUUCAGCUUUAAGCAAUCCAAGAACCUCUGCUAUGUUGACGCUGAAUGGAACCAACCACAAACAGUGGGUAGAAUCUCUCAUGAUGAAUUUGACUCUUAUGAGAGUGGACUUGGCCUUGAGAACGGAUGCACCUCCUAAACCUACUGUUGAUGCCACUGAAAAGGACAGAAAGUUCUAUGAGGAUUGGGAGCAUUCCAAUCGUUGUUGUUUGAUGCUUAUGAGGUAUCACAUGGAUGAGUCCAUUCGUGAUAGUAUUCCUCAAACUGAAAUUGCAAAGGAUUUUCUCGCUGCGAUCAAGGAGAAGUACAAGAAGUUCUCAAAGAAUGAGAAAAAUGAAUGCUUAACUUUGUUCCAUCGGACUAAUUAUGCCGAUACAGGUGACAUUAGAGCUCAUAUUGACAAACUGAUGGGUUGUUACCAAAAGCUUAAGGGUAUGGGAUUGGAUCUUGGUGAGGAUUACAUGGUGUGGUUUGUGAUGGAAACCAUUCCCUCUCAGUUUGAUUCGAUCAGAUCAAGCUACAAUGCUCAAAAGGAGCAAUGGACCAUUGAGGAGAUGACUGCUAUUCUUGCCAAGGAAGAAGAGGACAUGAAAAAGGGAAGAGCAAGAAGUAUCUCCAUGGUAACAAACCCAAGCAAUUCUCAAAAGAGAAAGUCCACUUCCAACAACUCUAGUGACCAAAGGCCUUCUAAGAAGAAAGGAAACCACCCUAAAGGAAAUGGACAAGUGAGUUCAUCUUCAGCUGGUCACAAGAAUGAGUAUUUCAAAGGGAAGUGCAACUUUUGUCAAUGUUUCGGGCAUAAGAAAGCCGAUUGUCGAAAGCUCAAAGCCCACUUAGAGAGGAAAGGCAGUGACAAAUCGAAGAAGGCCGAAUAGUUUGGAGGAGUACGUAUACAUGGGAGACGAUACUAAAGUCAGAAUAGAAUUUUUUGGGACUGUUAGACUACAGUUGAAUACAUGACAUUUUUUGGAAUUGCAUGAUGUUGCUUAUUUGCCCUCUAUUAGGAGGAAUUUGAUUUCUGUAUCUAUUUUGGAUAGACUAGGUUAUAGUCUUCUUUUUGGAAUUGGAAAACUGACUUUGUAUCGUGACUCUAUGUUGGUUGGAAAUGGAAGUUUAUGUGGAAAUUUAUAUAAGCUUGAUUUACAUGAUGUUGUUCCUGUUACUUCUCCCUCUUGUC